AUGGUGAUGAACAUAACAUUGUCCAGUUCCAAUAUUCAUCAAAGCAACAUGAGUGGAGGUUCUAUCGAUUCGCCAUCAUCGCCAUUUGGAAAUGAAGCAUUUACUUUCCAAGACGUUCCAUUAUCAGAACUAAGUAAAGACACUCUAAAGCAGCUAUCUGAUCUGUUAAAUUCUAAAAAAAUUUUGCGGUCUGAAGAGGGUUAUGAUCGUGAUUGGAGAGGUCUUGCAUAUUUGUCAAACCAAAAAUACUUAUGCGAUGAGAAUAGUAAUAGUGGAGAUGACCCAAUGAGUAAAGUUAUUCAACUUUGGUGCAAACAUUGCCCAAAAACUGCAACCUUUGCGAAUCUUGAAAAAUUUUUAGGCAUAAUUGAUCGCUGGGAUGUCUGUGAUGACAUAUAUGAAAAUUUGGUUCAUGAUGCAAAACUAUACCAAAGCAAAAUUCAACAGAAAAAAGAUGCCGUAGACAAUGUCGAAAAUCCUGUCGACAUCAACGAUGAUUUCUGCCAUGGAUCUGACCCAAAUGUUUUAACCAUUGACGAUGUUCAACGUGCAAAGGAAAGAAAACCGCCGCUGAUAUAUGAUGCAUUUGUUCUAUAUGCACCUGACGAUUUUGCUUAUGUUACUGAAAUGUUAACGAAAUUGGAGGAUAAGGAUAAGUUUAAGUUAUGUAUUCGAGAUCGGGAUUUGCUGGCAGGAGUUGGAUUCCAGCAUGUUGCUCUGACAAAAUUGAUUGAAGAAAGAUGCAGAUACUUAAUAGUGCUUCUAACAAAUGCAUUUCUGAGAAGCGCCGAAAAUAAAUUCUUUGUGGAUUAUACGCAGGCUUUACAAAUCGAACACAAAACUCGAAAAAUUAUUCCACUUUUGUAUGAGAACAUUGACAUACCAAGGACUUUAAACAUAUAUACCCAUUUACGUUACAGUACGACUUCAAUCGGAUUUUGUGAUUACUGGACCAAACUGGCUAAUUCCAUACGUAACGUGAAUAUGACAGCAGAGAACGCCACCAAUUCAACUGAUUAUAGAAAAGAUGUGCAUAGUAAUACGACGUUAACACCCAACCCUCCAGUCCUUACAGCCCCUACCCGAAAGGCAGUAUGUAACAUACCCUUACCAAGUAUAGCCAUCAACGGACAAUCUGUUUCCAAUACAGAUAAUGACCGUGGUGUGAAGAAGGCAGAGUAUCCCAAAUUUCGUGCGCUGACAUUGCGCAACCAUAAAAGUAGCCGCUUAUCGAAUGAAUCGUCGGGAUUGCGCAACGCUCAUUCAACUGGACAAUUACAUACUUCGUAUGAGAACAACAAUACCACAAGUUUGUCCAAUAUUUCUACUACUAGCGAAAAGAAAAAGAAAAACAAGUUUACAAAAAUUCUUGGCAAAGUUUUACCACGCAGCAACUCUAGACUGCAACAGCAAACAAACUAG